AUGGUUCAGUCCGCAGUUCUCGGUUUCCCCCGUAUGGGUGUUAACCGUGACCUGAAGAAGGCCACCGAAGCUUACUGGGGUGGAAAGAUUUCUCAGACUGAGCUCCUCGCUGAGGCCAAGAGACUUCGUCUGGCUCACUGGAAGAUCCAGAAGGAUGCCGGCGUCGACAUCAUCCCCAGCAACGACUUUGCCCUGUACGACCAGGUUCUCUCUCACAUCCAGGACUUUGGUGCUGUUCCUGAGCGUUACACCAAGGAUGGCCUUGACACUGUUGACCAGUACUUCGCCAUGGGCCGUGGCCACCAGAAGGGAGGCGUCGAUGUCCCCAGUCUGGAGAUGGUCAAGUGGUUCGACUCCAACUACCACUACGUCAAGCCUACCCUCCAGGAUGGCCAGACCUUCAAGCUGACCGCCACCCCCAAGGCCGUUGCCGAGUUCAACGAGGCCAAGGAGGCUGGCGUCACUACCCGCCCCGUCCUGGUCGGCCCUGUGAGCUUCCUGCACCUCGGAAAGGCCGACCGUGGCCAGUCCGUCGACCCCAUCGACCUGCUCGACAGCCUUCUGCCUGUCUACGAGCAGCUCCUCGUCCAGCUCAAGGAGGCUGGCGCUGAGACUGUCCAGAUCGACGAGCCCGUCCUCGUCUUCGAUCUCCCUGCCAAGACCAAGGCUGCUUUCAAGCCCGCCUAUGAGAAGUUCGCCAGCCUCGGCGACAAGAUCCCCAAGCUGGUCUUCACCACCUACUUCGGUGACAUCGUCCACAACCUUGACCUCCUCCCCAAGGACAUCUAUGCCAUCCACAUUGACCUUGUCCGCAACCCCGAGCAGCUCGACGCCGUUCUCGGUGCUCUCGGCCCCAAGACCGUCCUGUCCGCCGGUGUUGUCGACGGACGAAACAUCUGGAAGACCAACCUGAAGCGCGCCAUCGAAACCGUUGAGACCGCCGUCCAGAAGCUCGGCAAGGACCGUGUCAUUGUCGCUACCUCCUCCUCUCUCCUCCACACCCCCCACACCCUCGCCAGCGAGAAGAAGCUGGACGCUGAGAUUGCCGAUUGGUUCUCUUUCGCCUCCGAGAAGGUGGUCGAGGUUGCCGUCAUCGCCAAGGCCGUGACUGAGGGCCCUGCCGCCGUCCGUGAGCAGCUCGAGGCCAACGCCAAGUCCAUCCAGGCUCGUGCCACCUCUCCCCGCACCAACGACCCCAAGGUCAAGGACCGCCAGUCCAAGAUUGUCCCUGCCGACUACAACCGAAAGUCCGAGUUCCCUGUCCGUAUCGAUGCUCAGCAGAAGAAGCUCAACCUCCCCCUGUUCCCCACCACCACCAUUGGUUCCUUCCCCCAGACCAAGGAGAUUCGUCUGUCACGAAACAAGUUGACCAAGGGCGAGAUCACCGCCCAGGAGUACGACUCCUUCAUUGAGCAGGAGAUCCGGGACAACGUCAAGAUCCAGGAGGAGCUUGGCAUUGACGUCUUCGUUCACGGUGAACCUGAGCGUAACGACAUGGUCCAGUACUUCGGUGAGCGCCUGGACGGCUAUGCCUUCACCACCCACGCUUGGGUUCAGAGCUACGGCUCUCGAUGCGUCCGACCCCCCAUCAUUGUCGGUGACAUCUCCCGUCCCGCCCCCAUGACCGUCAAGGAGUCCAAGUACGCCGUCUCCGUUUCCAGCAAGCCCAUGAAAGGUAUGCUGACUGGACCCGUCACUUGCUUGCGAUGGUCUUUCCCUCGUGACGACGUCCACCAGUCCGUCCAGGCCGAGCAGCUUGCUCUGGCUCUCCGUGACGAGGUCGUCGACCUCGAGAAGGCCGGCGUCGACGUCAUCCAGGUCGAUGAGCCUGCUCUCCGCGAGGGUCUCCCUCUCCGCUCCGGCACUGAGCGUGAUGCCUACCUCAAGUGGGCUGUCAACGCUUUCCGCCUGUCCACCACCGGCGUUGAGGACUCCACCCAGAUCCACUCUCACUUCUGCUACUCUGAGUUCCAGGACUUCUUCCACGCCAUCGCUGCCCUCGAUGCCGAUGUUCUGUCCAUCGAGAACAGCAAGUCUGAUGCCAAGCUGCUGAGCGUCUUCGUCGACUCUGCCUACCCCCGCCACAUCGGACCUGGUGUCUACGACAUCCACUCUCCCCGUGUUCCCAGCGAGCAGGAGAUCAAGGACCGCAUCGAGGAGAUGCUUCAGUACCUCAAGCCUGAGCAGCUCUGGAUCAACCCUGACUGCGGUCUCAAGACCCGUCAGUGGAAGGAGACCAAGGAGGCUCUCGCUAACAUGAUUGCCGCCACCAAGUACUUCCGUGCCAAGUACGCCAAAUAA